AUGGAUCCAAACUGCUGCAGGGACUACCAGGAAAUUAAAAUUCAAGAACAAGUUCAUCAUCUUGUUGUAGGAACCAUGCCUCGUUCAAUGUGGAUUGUGUUAGAGAAUGAUUUGGUUGAUUGUUGUAAACCUGGUCAUGAUGUUCUCAUCAGUGGUGUUUUAAUUCGACGUUGGCGGCCUUUGGUAAUGGAAACAAGGAGUGACAUUGAGUUAGUGUUUCAUGCUCAUAGUGUUGAAAUACACAAUGAUUAUUCUUCAACCACCAUUAUAUCUGAAGAAGUUGAAGAAGAACUCAAAAACUUUUGGGAAGAGUACAAACAUCAACCACUGAAGGGCAGGAACAGCAUUUUGUUAAACUUGUGUCCUCAAGUUUAUGGUUUAUACAUUGUGAAAUUAGCUGUUGCACUGGUUUUAGCAGGAGGAGUGCAGCAAGUAGACAAAAGUGGAACUAAAGUACGUGGAGAGUCACAUUUAUUGCUUGUUGGUGAUCCUGGUACUGGGAAAUCACAGUUUUUAAAAUAUGCUGCUAAAAUCAGUCCACGUUCAGUUCUUACAACUGGAAUUGGAAGUACAAGUGCAGGACUCACAGUCAGUGCAGUUAGGGAUAGUGGGGAGUGGCAGUUAGAAGCUGGUGCUUUAGUGCUGGCUGAUGGUGGUAUUUGCUGUAUCGAUGAAUUCAAUAGCAUUCGAGAACAUGACAGAGGAAGUAUUCAUGAGGCUAUGGAACAACAAACUAUCAGUGUUGCUAAAGCAGGACUUGUAACUAAACUCAGUACAUCAAUAUCAGUUAAUGUGGCCCUAGCAAGUCCCUUACUGAGCCGGUUUGACUUAGUGUUGGUCCUGUUAGACACAAAAAACGAAGAAUGGGACAGAUUGGUUGCUUCAUAUCUUCUGAGUGGAGUUGAUCCAUUUGAGGAAUGUUACGAAGCUUGUACUUGGAGCUUAGAAAAAAUGAGAGCCUACUUUUGUAUCAUCAAAACACUCACACCUGUGAUGUCAGAUGAAAGUAACAGGAUUCUAACUCGAUACUAUCAGUGCCAACGAAACACAGAUCUGAGAAAUGUUGCUCGAACAACUAUACGGCUUCUGGAAAGUUUGGUUCGAUUGGCACAAGCUCAUGCCAGAUUAAUGUUUAGGAAGGAAGUUGGUGUCCAAGAUGCUGUGGUUGCUGUGUCCCUUGUGGAGUCUUCAAUGCAAGGGUCAGCUUUGAUUCAAGGGGUGAAUGCACUACAUACUGCCUUUCCAAACAACCCUGAUUCUGAAUACAAGGUCCAAGCUGAACUCAUACUUCAGAGGCUUGGCUUGCAGGAUAUCUUGGAGCAGGAGAUGAUAAAGAUUAAUAAAGAGCAAGAGCUACAAAAAAAAGAUGAAAUUUCAAAGGACUCCAAAACUUUUCCCCAUAAACCACCUUCAGAUCAAGACAACUUUAAUGGAAAUAAUGAUCAUUCAAACAUUUCUGUUUUGUAUUCAUCUAGUGGUAAGAAAAGAGAUAACACUCAUCAUUUAUCCCAACAAAACUUGGUUCUACCACAGUCUUAUCCAAAGAUUACAACUCAGUCUCAGAAACAUUCAUCUAAUAGUCAAAGAAAUUGUAUAGAUAAAAAUUAUUCUUCAUUCAAACAAAAAUGGGUCCAAUCAAAGUUUUCUAGAGAGACUACAGUUUUGUCUGAUGUCAAAUCAUCGUAUAAAAACACAACUUGUAUAAAGAAUAACCAUCCUUUGUCCCAACAAACUCUAAAUACACCAGAAUCAUCCAAAAAGAACUUAAGAAGUAUAGAAAAAAGUAAUAAUUCACCCCAACAGACUUUGGUCCAACCAGAGUUUUCUCUAAAAACUACAGCUUUAUCUGGCAAAAAUUUAAAUGAUCCUAACACAAUAAAACCAGCUGUAAAAAAUUGUUUAAAGGGUAUUUGUAAAGAUAACACUGCUGAGGAAAUUUCAUGUAACCAUGAAAGUAAAAAAACUGUUGACCCAGAGAUUGAACUAGAUAUGGUUGAUGAAAAAUCAAACCCAAAGAAAAAAAGAAAAAUCAAUGCCAUUGAAAGUGCAGAUACACCUAGUGGUAAUCAGAUUUCUGAUAAAAUUAUACUCAAUCCUGAAAUAAAUAAUCAAAACAACAUAUGUGAUUAUAACAAGUCUGUACAAGAUGCUAGCAACCAUCAAAGUAGUACACCAAGCAAAUGUUAUUCAGUGUGUGACAGGAUUUCAACAAGGGUUAAGAAAGUGUUCCCAAAAGAAACUGUAAAUAUGCAAGAACAAAAUAGUCCAAAUUUUGCUGGUGACUCAAGAACCUUAGAAUCAGAAAAUGCACCCUCUUUUAGUAUUCUUGAAACACUUAAGAAUUUCAGGUUUAUUCCAAAAAGUAAAAAAGGAAAAGAAGAAUCUAAUGUUACAACUUCUGAUCCCAUUUCUAAUACAACGUUAACAAUGAAAGACUUAACACAAAGUAAUAAUGUUGAACAGACAUUGAAAAAUAAACAAAAUCAAAAUAAUAAACCUCUGGUUCUGAACUCUGUUUUACAGAAUUCUACAUUAAAAGAUGAUCAUAUUAGUGAACAUGGUGUAUGUUCCAUGUCUGUUUCUGAUUACCAGAAUAACAAAAAUAGAGAUUCUGUUCCUAGUUCUACAGCAAAGUCUCUAUGCAAGCAAUCAUCUGUAUCAAAUAUAUCAACAAAUUCAUCAUUCAGUACUUUGCAUAAAUUGAAGAAAUUUGCUUUUGUGAGUAAACAAACAGACAUAAGUGAUUCCAAAUCAACAGAAAAGUUGAUGCAUCCUUGUAGUAGUAGUAUGAAGUCCUUUAAGUGUAAUGGAAGCCAAAAUACAAGAUUUAGAAAAGGAAUUUUUAAUACAGGAGAUGAUAACUUAGACGAUUUAGACUUUGACAUUGAUUGGCCAGGAGUGGGUGGGGAGAAAAAAACUUGAAAAUGAUCAUGUACACACUUUGAAACAUAUCACAUGAUUUAAAACACCUAAGUGUCUGUUUUUUUAUGUAAAAGAUAGGUUCUAUUAUUUUUAUGCAGGUAAAAAACAAAAUGCAUAAAUAAUUCAAAUAUUUUGCUUGAAUUAAGUCUGAAAUUUUUGUUUUUGCAGUAUUUAUUGUAGUUUGGCCAUUCUGUGGAAGAAUAUAAUUUGUUUUGUCAAAAAGCCAUUUAACCAAGAUUAGGUUUAGAGUUAUAUUUUGAUAGUCAUUUUUAUAGUGAAGUGUAGUGGUCUAAUAAUUAAGUUGUUGUGGACCUUAGGAUAUAAUGUAGUACUUGUGCCAAGCAGAUGAAAGUUCAACUGAACUUGUGCAAACUAA